AUGUGGAAGAUUAUAGCUCUUGUGAGCCUUGCUUCAGCAGCGCCUACCAGUAACAUCGAUUUUACACCCCUAAAUGACUUCUCUUUAAAACUCCUAUAUAAUACUUACGCGUUUCAAGAGAGCUACGGACAGAAGAAUGUGGUUAUAUCACCGUUGUCUAUAUGGAGCAUGUUCGCGUUACUCGCCGAGGGUAGUUCUGGUGACACAUUCAAUGAGUUAAUGAGUGAACUGAGAUUUCCAAAUGAUAUGAGAGUUACUGCUGCCCUCCAUUCAGCUGUUUCCGGCAUAUUGCUAAGAAGAGACCAAGAUGUUACUUUGGACGGAGUGUCAGGAAUGUUCGCUGAUUGCAACCUGAAUAUUCAUCAGGAUUUCUGUCAAUACGCUAAGAAUUUUGACACACAAGUUUUUCUGGUUGAUACUAGUAAUACAACUUUACUUGCCAAUGAUAUAAAUAAUUUUAUCUGUAGGGUCACACAAGGCAGAAUAGCAGAGGCAGUAUCUCCUCGCGUCUUAGAAAAUCUUAGAAUGAUUUUAGUAGAUGGUUUAUAUUUCAAAGCAAACUGGACACACCAGUUCGACCCUACACAGACGCGGGAAGAAGCGUUCUAUAAUUACCAGGGUAAAAAAAUUGGAUCCGUGAACAUGAUGUAUCAUAAGGCUCCUCACAAUAAUGGGGAUUUGCCUCAAAUAGGUGCUCAAAUUCUUGAAAUGCCAUACGGAAAAAACGAGCAGUUAUCGAUGCUAAUAUUGCUUCCGUUCGACGGUAUGCCUCUACAAAAACUAUUAGAAAAUUUAUCGCGGGAACCAUUGACAUGGUUAAACGAGUUCCAAACAUCAGAAGGGCUAUCAGAAAUAGACUGCUAUAUACCUAGAUUCAAGAUUACUUCCAAAUCAGACAUGAUACCGCCAUUAAUGUAUAUGGGUAUACGAAAUAUUUUUGAUUAUGGAAAAGCUCAAAUGCCUGGCAUCUCCGACAGCCCUCUAUACGUUUCAACAACAAUACAGAAUGUAAAUAUUGAGGUUACAGAAGAAGGAACUGUUGCUGCAUCGUCUACUGUUGUCGGAUUAGAAGAUAGAAUUCUCUCUCAGCGUUUCGAAGCAAAUAAAGAGUUUGUGUUCCUCAUAAGAGAAAAACAGUCUGGUGUGAUUGUGUUUGCCGGUGUGUAUGCAGAGCCAUCUCUAGUAUGA